GUGGCCCGGCGCCGGGGCUUAUAGCGGGGCGGUGCGGCGGGACGCGGAGCGCGGGCGGAGAUGGCGGCGGGCAGCGUGGGGCCGUGCGGGUUCCUGGCGCUUUUACUCCUCGGCGAGAUGAUCACCGGCGCCGUGGGGACAACUGGUUUUAUAAAGUCACCUCUGUCUCAAAAGAGACUGACUCAGGACAGCGUCGAGUUGCACUGCGAGGCGAUUGGCAACCCCAUCCCCGAGAUCCAGUGGUGGUUUGAGGGGAACGACCCCAAUGAGACCUAUGCUCAGCUCUGGGACGGUGCACGGCAGGACCGUGUCAAAAUCAACGCCACCUACAACCUGCACUCUACCAGCACCGUCUACAUUGCCAACCUCACGGGCGACGACUCGGGCAUGUACGAGUGCCGGGCCAGCAACGACCCCGACCGCAACCACUUGUCGAAGAGCCCCAAAGUCAAGUGGAUCCGUUCCCAGGCAAACCUUUUUGUCAUCGAACGUCCAGACAUCAAGACUCAGGUAGCCACAGUUGCUGGCAAGCUGGUCCUCACCUGUAACAUGAGUGGGCAUUCCUCUGGCAUCGAGGGCCACGAGUGGGUGCUUGGAGACAAAUCCCUGGCGACGGACAAGGAGUCAGGCACUUCCACCAGCUACACGAUUGAGGGGAAGAUGGAGGAGCACUCUGGUGUCUAUGAGUGUGUCUACAAAACAACCCCUGAGGUAAAAGGCCAAGUGAAUAUUUCAGUUCCCCCACAGGUGACAGCCUACAAGAAGUCUGAGCAUGGCAACGAGGGGGACACUGGUGUGCUGACCUGCAAGAGUUCCUCUUUCCCCCCAGUUGUCACUUGGGUCUGGAGCAAAAAUGGUCAGGAGCCCCUGGUCAAUGGCUCAGGUCGAUACAUCAUCAAGAGCAGUGGCAACAAGACAGAGCUGCGCAUCCUGAAGCUGAGCAUCGAGGAGGACACAGGAGACUACCACUGCAACGGCACCAACGCCUACGGCACCGGCGGCGCCGCCGUCAACCUGCGUGUGCGCAGCCGCCUGGCAGCCCUCUGGCCCUUCCUGGGCAUCGUGGCUGAGGUCCUCGUCCUUGUCACCAUCAUCUUCAUCUACGAGAAGAGGAGGAAGCCAGAUGAGGUUCUCGAUGAUGAUGAUGGAGGCUCUGCACCACUGAAGAGCAAUGCCACCAACCACAAGGACAAGAACGUCCGCCAGAGAAACGCCAACUGAGCAGGGGCCAGGUGACCUGUAGAUGAAGAACUCCUCUGGACAAUUUUAUUUUCUUUUAAUUUGUUUGGUUUUCUCUUUUUUUUGUGUGUGUGAGUUGGGUAAAAAUAGCAGCAGGAAGACUUUAGUGUGUCCUUGAGUUUCAGUUACUUCACUUUCUAAAGGAACUUUUAAGUUGUAGAAUCUAAAAUACACUUUUUUUUUUUAAAUAAAAAGAGUCGUGGGAGGGUUUUGGUUUUUUUCCUACCUGUAAAUGUAAAUCCCUGUCCCUGCUAGGGUAGGUCACUGGCACAAGCUCUGCCCUAGGGUUCUCUGUUGGUGCAGAGAGCGUGGGCUGGGGGUGGAUGGGAGGGAAACUUCUCUCCUAGCUCUAGGGAGAUUAGGGAGAGGAGCUGGAGGGGAUGGGAGGGAGGGAAACUUCUCUCCUAGCUCUAGGGAGAUCAGAGUGCCAGGCAGGGCUGUCCUGAUGUGCCCCCCUUGCCCUGCCACACUGCCCAGCUCUGGGACCUGGUUGGCAUUGUCACUGUUCCCAGCGGGUCUCUGCCUCCUGCCUGUUGUGUGGGCGUGGGGAGAGGCUGCUCCGGUGAGCCCCCAGGGGAUGACCUGACUUUGAUCAAGGGCUUUAGGAGGGUCUCUUUUUACCAGGGCAUCACCUGAGCCAAGGCUGCACCUCUCCUGCUGUGGGAGUGGCAUGUGGCUUGUAAAGGCCACCAGGCUCAUCCUCUGCCUGUGCCCCUUCACCUGCCCUGCGCCCAGGGCUGCGCCGGUGCCAGCAGCUCCUUCAGAGCUCUCCUCAGUGAAACACAACCAGGAGCUGGGCACGGGGUCAGGGCAGCUGCUGCUGCUGCUAACUUAUUUCGUGGCUUUGUCUGUGUUUCUUCUGGAGCUGCUGCUUGUGGGGAGUGUAGGGGCAGGGUGAAGAGGGGCUGGGGGCGGGUUGGGGGGGGGGAGGGGGCAGUUCACAGCCUGUUUUGUGCUUGAGCCAUCAAGGAUGUUUGUGUGACAGGAGCCUGAGAGCAGACCGAUGCUCAGUGGAGUCUUAACGCCUCUUAUUGCUGGAUAGCUUUGAACUGUUCCAUCUGUAACACUUCACAAAUAAAGAUGAUUCCUCUCUCUUCUUUUUUUCCA